CAGGACUUUUGAAUAGUGAAGAAUAACCGCCUUAAAUAAAAUAGCCGCCCAAAAACGGUUACGGGGUCAACAGUCAAGAGCGCAAAAACCACAAAAACAAAAGGUGCAAUUAACAAAAGCAGAGAUCCCCACACAGACACUAUCUAGUAUACUAGCUUCUUUCUUGUUAAGAAAAGUAAAGUUCCUUACUCACUCUCGAACGCAAACUUUUUCUCUUUCAAUUCAAUUCAAUUUAAUUCUUUGUCUUUCUCAUAUCUCUUUAAAUCAAUAAUAAUGGAUCAUCUCCAUCACUCUCUCUCCGCCACCUUUCUCGCUCUCCUCUUGCUUUCUUCUCCCUCAGAUGUUGAAUCGGCUACUUUCAAGUUCGUCAACAAGUGCCGCUACACGGUCUGGCCUGGCUUACUUUCCGGAGCCGGUACGGCACAGCUUCCGACCACAGGCUUCACUCUCGAAACCGGCGAAUCAAAGACAGUAAAUAUACCCAGAUCCUGGUCGGGUCGGGUGUGGGGUCGGACUCACUGUAACCAAGAUUCUUCGGGUAAAUUUUCUUGUCUUACUGGCGAUUGUGCGUCAGGGAAGCUCGAAUGUGGCGGGAGCGGCGCUAUUCCGCCUGCUACUUUAGCGGAAUUCACUCUAAACGGCGCCGGAGGAUUGGAUUUUUAUGAUGUCAGCUUAGUUGACGGGUACAAUCUCCCUAUGCUUUUGAUCCCAAAGAAAGUGACCAACGGCGGUUGCGGCGCCACCGGGUGUUUGAUUGAUCUAAACGGAGCGUGCCCAAUGGAGUUGAAAUUAGCAGCGCGUGCGAACAGGAAGGUUGGGGUGGCGUGUAGAAGCGCAUGUGAGGCAUUUGGAGAACCUCAGUUUUGUUGUAGCGAUGCCUAUUCUACACCUGACACGUGCUCGCCUUCUAUCUAUUCGCUAUUUUUUAAACACGCUUGCCCACGCGCCUAUAGCUAUGCGUACGAUGACAAGACCAGUACUUACACGUGUGCCAACACCGACUACAUUAUCAUAUUUUGCCCGCCACCAUAUUCCAGCCAGAAAUUGCUGGGAAGACGAAAAGAUGGGGCACAACUACCACUGGUAAACAAGACAAUGAUGUAUAUAUCAAGCAAAUAUACAAGUAGCGCAUCAUCCCCAGGUGUAGUUCAAGUGCAACUAACUAGUGCUGGUGCAGCCUAUUUUAUAAUAGCAGUUUUGCUCAUUUGCCAAUUAUACCCUUGUAACUAACGAUUGGCCUGGACUGGACACUUCCAGGCAGAUAGUAGCACAAUUUCCACAGCUGAGGAGCAGAGUCAUCUUCCUCAAAUGCAUAUAUAAUGUUGAUCAAAUGACUCAAAGGGACUUGCCAAUUUCAAACACUCAAGAGUGUGUAUAUUUCUUUCUCUUACCCUCUGUUAGCUUGUUCGGUUUUGGCUAUACAUGGGAUAGUGAUUUUGGGGAUAUUGUAUUUCCAUUGUCUUUAUUUCUUUUUCCCCUUUUUUUUAAUUGAUUUUUGUAAUAUAUAUAAGUUUUCGAAAUGAUUAGAAGAUUGGUAAACGUCAAAGCAAAAUUUGACAUGUGACAAAUUUUCUUGAACAUUGGAGAGAAUUUCCAGUGAUAUAUUUGAGAUCAAUCCAAAUAGAGUUUUCUUUUUUAAUUUCAA